AUGUUCCAGAUUUUUCUGGAUGGUAACGUCCUUCCCUGGCCCGUUUCGAUCGCUGAUCCCAGAAGCUCACACAUCUCCGGAUCGCCACCAGCUUCCCAGGACUUCUGGAUCGUGUUCAUGGGCCGUCAACAGUGGGCUAUUAAUACCGUUGGACAUUUGAUAUUUGAUGGCCUCCGGACCUUCGGCUGGUGGGGUUUCAAACUCGAGCAGCUGGGUAUUCUCAAGGCGGAGGAUAUCCCAAAAGUGGCCGCCACGCACUCCAUACAGGGCAAGGAGUCGCAGCUUGUCAUCUAUGAUUGGGUCAUCUCGGCGCCGGCAAGAUGUCAGAUCUUGGGUUCACGGUGGAUGAUCACCGCGGAAUGUGGACUCGCUCGGGUCACUGAAGCCAUGCUAGAGUUGCUUUUGUGGCUGAACGGCCGUGGUGAUUUUCAACAGGUGUACACCUUGGCUGGAGUGAUAUUAUCGCGCUCUUAG